UUUCUUUGUCUGACAAAAUUUAUGUUAUGCAAACGCAGGCAUGUCUGUGUGGAUUUGCCCUCGCCAGGCAGGGUGGAUCCCUUUUCGCGUGAUUUCACUAAGAACUUGUGAGACCUGGAAUUGAUUUGGUUUGAUGAUGAUUUUGGCUCCUCACCAGCCCUGCUUGAGCAACGAGACUGAACUUGUCCUCGCUGGAGGUUGGCGAGGUUCUUCCACGGGGGGACCGCCCCAAGUUAUUGAGAGCCACCAGCCAGUCCCAUCGGUAGUGUGUGAUGUUAGGAGGAGGAUCUGUGAGACGGUCCGCGUUUCCGAGGCCAUGGCAGUCCUCUUUGUCAUGGCGCUGCUCGGCUUGGCCGAUGCAGAUGGAUCCAGCCUGCUUCAGACGAGAUAUUCACCUGGUGAAAGUGAGAAGGAUCUGAAAGGAUGCUUGUCCUUCAUCCACAUUCCAAAGACCAUGGGUGGUUCCAUCGAGUUGGCUCGGCUUCGUGCUGCCGGCCUACUAUGGACAAACACUAACUAUUGCCUGGGACGACUUGAAGCGGCGGGGCAUCAUCGAGAAGAACCUGGAGCCCAAUGGGGCACAUGCGAUGCUAACAUCCCGUGCUCACACGUGCAAGUGAACGAGCACCAUGGUAUGCAUUGCUCGCAACCUGACCUUUUCAAUGACACCUGGUGCUCUGCUUGGCAUUUUCCUCCGAGUUUUGAUCCACAGCUGGUGAGCUACUACGCCGAUAUCUGUGAUUCUUUUUGCGUGGUGCGUCACCCGCUGGACCGCUUCAUAAGCCAAUAUCGAUAUUGGCGGAAAGUGGCGCCACGUGAAGGCCCAGGCUUUUGCAGUGCCGAGCAAUUGGAACUCUUUGCCAUGAAGGGCCUGGCGAAGCAACUCAAUCUCCUGGCAGAAGAUUGCCAUUUGGUCCCCCAGGUCUAUUACGCCUUCCAAGAUGGAAAUCCUCAGAGCAAAAGAAUAUGCCGCCAUGUGCUGAAUAUGACAGAUGCAGCGGAACAGUUCCCCAAGUUGAUGCAGCGCUACGGCUUGGAAAAUGUGACGCUCGAAGGUGUCCAUGAACAUGAUCCGGACGAUGGGUGUGGUGAGAUCGCGCCGACCACGAAGACAAUUGAGCUGGUGAAACAGUUUUACCAUCAGGACUACACAGCCUUUGGGUUUGUUUGACCAUGAGCCUGCUGGGACAUUUGGCGCAUAGUUUGCGGAAAACUUUGUGAGUACAUUUGUGCUUGUUCAAGUCUUACACUCAAGGCGACCAUGUUUCACCAAAUCUUGCGGGGA